AUGAACGGCUACGGCUCGCCCUACCUGUACGUGGGGGCCCCGGUGUCGCAGCCCCGGGCCCCGCUGCAGCGGACCCCCAAGUGCGCGCGGUGCCGCAACCACGGCGUGCUGUCGUGGCUGAAGGGCCACAAGCGCUACUGCCGCUUCAAGGACUGCGCCUGCGACAAGUGCAUCCUCAUCAUCGAGCGGCAGCGCGUCAUGGCGGCGCAGGUGGCGCUCCGCCGCCAGCAGGCCAACGAGAGCCUGGACAGCCUCAUCCCGGAGGCCCUCAGGGUCAUGCCGGCGAUCGGCGCGCCCGCACCCGCGGAGGGCGCACCGGCGGCGGCGGCGGCGACCGGGGAGUCGGAGGCGCGUUGGAGAAGCGCGGAGGAGACGCAGAGAGGAGCGACCACCUGCGCAGAGGGGACGGAGGACGUGCUGGGGGAGACGUCGGGAGGCGAGAACGGGGGCAGCUCCAGCGAGCGAGACCAAGAGCAGCUCAGCUCCCCUGAAGGCUCCAAGACAAACUCCUGCUACACCCCCGAGCCCCCGGACGGCCAAGCGGAGGAGAACCGCUACGUCCUCCCCAAGGUGGGCGCCACUGAGAAGGAAGCCAAAUCUGACAGUCCACAGAAGAGCCCCCCCAGUCCCGGGGGCCGCAGCAUGCUCAUAGAGGGCCUCGCUGGCUCCAUCAACCUGCCCUUCAGCCUCAGAGCCAACCGGCCCCCCUUGGAGGUCCUCAAGAAGAUCUUCCCCAGCCACAAGCCGCCCGUGCUGGAGCUCAUCCUCAGGGGGUGCGGGGGCGACCUGGUGGGGGCUAUCGAGGUGCUGAUGUCCAGCCGAGGCCCUGACGGGGGCUCGCUCCCACACGGAGACCUACAUCCAGACCCCUUGGUGCUUCCGCCCGGCGGACACCCCUUUGAGCACAGCCUGGGCUCCUACCACCCGGUCACUUCCUCGGCCAAGUGGUCGGUCGGCUCGGCCUUCCGAGUGCCCGACUCGCUCCGCUUUGCGUCCGAGUCCUCCUCCGGCGUGGUGUCGGCGGGGGCUCUGGGGGUCCCCCUGCAGCAUCCGUCCUUCCCGCAGUCCACGCGCUACCCGCUCAUGCUGCGCAACUCCCUGGCCCGCGGCCCGACGGGGGCCCUGGUGCACAACGACGUGACCCUGUGGAACACCAUGGCCCUGCAGCAGCAGUACCAGCUCCGCUCCACCGCCGCCCAGUACGUGUCCCCCUUCGCCCCUGCUGGGCCCGGGGGGUCCAUGUUUCGGGGGGCCUCCCUCCUCCACGCGAGAGCCAGCGAGGAACCUCGAGGGGGCAUCCAGGAGGGCGAUGCAAGCGGGCUGGGGUCCAAGGGGGGGCUGUACUCUCCUGAUGAGGACUACGAAGAGCGCUCGGACUCGGGGGACUCUCGCAUCUUGAACUCAUCCGGCUAAACCUCAGCCGUCUUUGGUUUUUCGGGGCUUUUUUUGUUUGAACUGGACUGAGUCAGGCAAUCUCUUUCAUACAAAUGGUCAUGUGAUGCUUACCCACAGGUCACAUGACCAUAUACCAGAGCGAAUGUCACGUCUACUUCCUGUCAGCAUGUUGAUUGUUUGCCUUGUGAGGUCACUACUGCAUGUUGUAU